AUGAAUUUUGGCAAUAAAAAUGAAACAAAUUCCGGCAAACGAAAGCGGAUUAAAUUAGAGUUCUUGGAAUGUGGCAAAACAUUUGACAAUGAUAAUUUAAGAUCAUCUAUAGCUGAUGAUAGAUUGGAUUCACUUAUGAUUUUAAGCGUGGAAAAAGAUGUGGUUGAUCAAUUAGAUAUGAACAAAAUAGCAACAUUAUGGGCAACUUUGAAAAACCGUAGAAUUAAUAUCUAA